CGGCCCCGCACGGACCCCGCACCCGGGCGGCGGCGGCACUACUUUCCGUCGAGCAGACGGAUCACGGCGGCGCAGCGAUACGGGUUCAAAUGUCAGCGGGUUUGGGGGGGGAGCCGCAUCCCGCCCGCCGGGCGUGUCCCUCCGCCGCCCGCUCUAAACGCGGCGCCGCCGCCCGCCCCCGCGCGCACUCCGCCCCGCCCCGCCCGCCGCCGCCGCCGCCCGCCCGGCAGGUGCCCGGCCCGGCCCGGCCCGGCCCGGCCCGGCCCCAUGGGCAGCGCCUCCCGCCCCGGCGCCCGCUGCCCGGCGGGGCCCGCGCUGCCCCGGCCCCGGCCCCGGCCCCGGCCCUGACGCCGCCCCGCACCGCCCCGCCCCGCCCGCCCGCGCCCGCCCGCCCGCAUGGACGUCGCCGCCGGCCCCGAGGCGCUGGAGCGCUGCUUCCCGCGCGCCCAGCCCGGCCGCGCCGCGAUGCUGGACGGCAUCAAGAUGGAAGAGCGCGGGCUGCGCGCCGGCCCCGCCACGCUCGGCGUGCUGCUCGGCUGUUUGCUGCUAAGUGCAGUGGCUGCAUGGAGAAGAUUGCCCCGACGGAGUUUGUGAUGAGGGCCCUGGAAUGCGUUUACCACUUAAGCUGCUUCUGCUGCUGCGUUUGCGAGCGGCAGCUGAGGAAAGGGGACGAGUUUGUUCUGAAGGAAGGACAAUUGCUCUGCAAAAGUGACUAUGAAAAAGAAAAAGACCUGCUGAGCUCCGUGAGCCCGGAUGACUCUGACUCAGUGAAAAGCGAUGAUGAGGAUGGAGACGUCAAGCCAACCAAAGGACAAGUGAGCCAAGGGAAAGGGAGCGAUGAUGGGAAAGACCCAAGGAGGCCCAAACGACCAAGGACUAUCCUUACAACACAGCAGAGAAGAGCAUUCAAAGCAUCCUUUGAAGUGUCUUCCAAGCCCUGUAGGAAGGUCAGAGAAACACUAGCAGCUGAAACAGGACUUAGCGUGCGAGUUGUCCAGGUCUGGUUUCAGAACCAAAGAGCAAAGAUGAAGAAGCUAGCGCGAAGGCAUCAGCAGCAGCAGGAGCAGCAGAACUCUCAGCGCCUCGGCCAAGAAGUGAUGUCCAACCGGAUGGAAGGGAUGAUGACAUCAUACACACCGCUGGCACCGCCGCAGCAGCAGAUUGUAGCGAUGGAUCAAAGCAGUUAUGGCACGGACCCCUUCCAGCAAGGUCUCACCCCGCCACAGAUGCCGGGAGACCACAUGAACCCUUAUGGGAACGACUCCAUUUUUCAUGAUAUUGACAGCGAUACCUCUUUAACUAGUUUGAGCGACUGUUUUCUUGCCUCCUCAGAAGUUAACUCCAUGCAGGCUAGAGUAGGAAAUCCCAUUGACAGGCUGUACUCUAUGCAGAGCUCGUAUUUCGCCUCAUGAAAAUAAAAGGAAAACAAGAGCCGGCAUAUCUUUAGCCAGUGACUUUUUCCAGUGCAGACUCUACAGCCAUAUGUCGUCCAGCUCUUCCUUCACAGUGACUCCGCUGCCUCUGGACUGCCAACAGCCUUUCUAGGAAGCCUGUGUGUUAAACAGAAAAGCGUUCAGCCACCACCGCCCCUCGCCCUCCCUUGCCCAGCGCGCACCAGGCCAGGAGGGAAGCGUGGAAAGGCCGAGGCCCAGCUCUCCAGCCGCCUUCGGUUUGGUUGGCUUGGAGCUCGUCGUUUGAAAGGAAAUGGAUUUUGCCCAAAGCCAGACCUUUUCCCUCCGUUCUUUCUUCUUUUCUUUUGGAUGUUUAAGCAUUUUUUCGGAAGCCGCUGAAACCAACAUCAGUCAACCAUAUGACAAAUAAAUCAAGGAAACUGGAGAGUCCUCCCUUUUCGUACUGCAUGACUCAUACAUGUUGUGGACAAAUUGCCAUUUGAACUGUGAGAAGUUAAUGUAAAUGUGACGUUCAACAUUUGUUUCCUUUCUACACUUUUUCUACAUAACCCUAGGUCUGCUCAUUAGUUUAUAGCCCUUAUACUGUAUGAUACGUAGAAAAACUGGUUAACAAUGAGACUUGUGGAGAAAGCCAGUGAUUUCAUAAUAAAAAAGGUCUUUGACCCCAGAGAGAAGCUGCAUGUUAGGGACAGGUCAUUUAGACUAGUAUUGAUCUUAAUUAAUUAAAACAAAAGGUGCUUACAAGACACAGAGCUAUAUUUAAUUUUUUAAGUGUGAGAAUAAAACAUUUACUUUUAUUUGUAAUUCAGUGCCAAAUUUCAAGCCUAGACUGUGAUUGGCAACACACGUGUUGUUCAUUUUGGUCUGUCUGGUUGUGUUUUGCACAAGACGUAAAUGUGCUACGCUCCACUGUCCAUCUGGAACAGUUUCGCUCUCCUUCAGGUCCUGGUCUGUUCCGAUUUGCCAAGGCAAGCCUCGUCCUGCAGUCCGAGCCCGCGCCCGCGCCCGCGAGCAGGCGACAGACUGCAGGUGCACCAGGGCGGGAGCCUGGCGCUGCCCUCACGUCCCCACGGUCCACGCCGGCGUAACCCCGUAGACCUUCCCGGGUACGCCAGCCAGCCCCGUGCUUGCGGCAGCGUAGGAGUGAGGUUGUAGCCCAACAAAAGCCAUCACCCUCAGCGGUCUGUGCGUACGCGGGUGAGAGGACACGAGACUGCCGCGUGCAGGGCUGCUGGGGAACGGCGCCAGCCUGUGCUGAAGUCUGACUUGCCACCAGAGGCCGUUUUUACAGGGCAGAAACUAUCUUAAAUACUAAUAAAAGUAACGAUGAUAACGUAGUUCUAAAAAUCACACGGUGGUGAUUGUAACGUGGAGCGACAGGCAGGUAUAGGCAGGGCUCAGAGUGGAGAGCGCUUCAUGGGGAAAAAUUUGCCAAGACAACAUCCGUAAUGACACGGGGUGUUUAAAAGUGAGAGCGCAGGGAAAGAUCGGUAGACAGGCCCGUCAAAUAAAUGUUUAGCAAACACUGACCAUGCCAGCCAAAAACCAGCUCAGUGCGCCAGUUAACUGAACUCCUCGAGUGUGACAGCUGGCGCAGACUCGGGGCUGCAAAUUCUCACAUAAGACUCAGCAAAUGAUGAAGAAAAUGCUUAAGCACUCAGCCGUAUGGCACGCGGCCAUGGCGCCAGCCGUGCCUGCCACCGUGCCGGUCUACAGGCAAACCCAGCACCCAGCUAAGUGUGCGACAGGGUCAGCCCGCUCCGUUUAGCUAGGAGCGCCACAUGCUCAGGAAAAGGCCGGGCUGUCGCUGGACUCUUCCCAGGAACAGUCCAGCACCCCCUCUUCUAUCACCAAGAGCCACUUUGUGCCCUGCACCCUGCGGGGUGGGCAGCAAGCAGAGCACGACAGCGCCAGAGCAGCUAAGCGAGAGCCGUGCUCCUCUCCUGUAUGGAAAAUGAGCUCACACAUCUGGGGCCCAGGCAAGAAACCGAGACCGCGCCUGCCGUGACAGGUGGUGGUUAUUAACCAUCACCGCCUCCCCCGACACCCAGCAGGCAGGCCCCGCCAAGCGAGGGCCCGCGCCCGAACAGACAGGUUUGUGAGCGCCAAGCGUGGCCAGGCAAACCAGAAAGAGGUGUGCAAUGGACUCUGUCUGCAAGAGAAAAGCUUGACUUUGCACCUUCAGGGCAUGAGGAAAGGAUCCCCGGGGAGCGGAGAGGGCGGCACUGCUAGCAAGCAGAAGACAUUGGCACAGACCUCCUAGCAAUACCUGGAGAUCGCCCCACAGCUCAACUGCUCGCAGACAGACGGGCACCACCUCGCACUCUCCCUCUCACACAAGCAAAAAGCAGAGCCCUUGUCCGCCAAGGAGACAGAGCCCAAACCGCACACUGCUGUGACCAGCUGCAGCUCGGGUGCGUGCAUGCUGCGCACACAGCGCUUUCCUCGUCACCUUGGGAGGGGCUUUUUCCACCUGAAGCGGGCAGCGCAUGGGAGCCCACCGGCUCCCUCCUGCCACCUGAGAGGGAGAAGCUUUGCUGGGUUUUUCUUAUCCAGCCACUGCCAACACUUUCCCUUCUAGUGUACCAAAAAAAAAAAAAAAGACCUCUCCCCCGCCCCCCUUCCCACCUCGCACCGGCUGGUAUCGGUACAGAACGCAGGUUGGCUGUACGCUUGCGCUGCGUGGUCACAGAAGUUGGCAAUGUUGGCACAUUUUCACGUGACACACUUGUAAAUACCAGGGUUACCCAGACCCCCCUCCCAGCAAUCAGCCCAGCGCUGCCUUUCGUGUCACAGAAGACGUGCCACGCCAAUGGACUCUACGCCGUGGCGGAAGCAAAAGGAUGCCUUAUUGCAUCGGGAUGCCUGUCGUGGACUCCUUGCUCCUUUGCCACCCUUCCUUGGCUCUUAGCCAGCUGUUGCAGGGGGAAGUUCAUGUCCGGGCAGGAAUAGGCAACGCUACUUCAGUGCACAGAUGCUGCUGCGCACACCCUGCCCAUCCAGGGUAAGCAUCAUCGCUCCUGACCCCUUGGGUGCUGCAUGGCAGUGCUCUACUGACUGGCUCCCCCAUGUCCUGCUCUGGCACCACAUGCUGCUGCCAAGGCUAACUAUACACCUAGUGCCAGUGUGAAUUUGAGACAGCAAAGGGUAGGAACGCACAUCUGAAUGCAGGACCAGCCACUUCCAGCAUGCCCAAGAUAGUUCUCAAAGGCCAAAGUUCAUUAAAGCAAAAUAAAUGUCACUAUUAUUUGUAGUAUGAAUUAUCCCGCAGGAGCGCGAUCAUUGUGGUUUUAACCUGGGACCUGCAGUAAAAGAUUAUAAAGCAACCUCUGACCUUUUUGAUUUCUGGUUUACUCUUGUAUUGUCAAGGGAAAUGUCACUGAUCAGGCAAAGGUAAAAUGUAUCAUGGGCCACAUCACAGUAAUAUCUUACAGCAAGUCAAACUGAUAAACUCCUGCCAAAAACUCUUAGCAUCUGGCACUUCCACGGAAACCACAAAUAGUGAUUGCACAUGUGGGAGUUGGAAGGCGAGAGGUCAUGACAGCAGUUUAUUACAUGUACCGUACAGUGAUCACUCUUGCUAGGAAAUUAACCCCUCUCCGGUAUAAAUGCAUCACAUGAGCUCUUCAUGGCAUUUCAAUCAUGCUGUCUUGGCUAAGGACGGCAUACGUGUCACACUAAACAACGCCAAGAUGCAAUUAAGUACAAGAUGAUGGAUAAGGUUUCAGUGCUCGCUCAGUAACAUUCAGCAAAAGAUGAUCUAAUAUCAAAAAGGAUAAGCUCAAUAACCACUUCCUCCAAGGUCCUUAUCAUGCAGAUGAUUCAAAGCGAUGCUAGCACCAAGUUUCCUGCCUUGCAUGGUCUGAAUCUAUUCCCUGUGCUCGGUGACAGGUGCGUGCUUUAAGCUAGUGACCAGCAGGUUUCCAUUUCAUACUUUCAGUACUGGUGGAAGUACUCCCCACCGAGUGUGAUCCCACACGGCUCGGUAGGGCAGUAGGCAGAGAGAGAAACCCACAGUCCAGGCUGUUAGAGGUACAGCAUUAAAUGAGUUUCACAUCUGCUAAGUAAAAGAUGACUCGUGCUAUGGGAAAAUACGCUGUUUGCCAACUCUGAACUGAAACGCAACCUAGGAGCCUUGCGGAUGUUUCCUUCCUAAAGCGCCAUCACCGAGGAGGCCCACGUGCUUGGGCCCAGGUGCUGCUAGCCACGCCAGCACGUGGCCAGCACAAGGCGUGCUAACCACAAGGUGUGUGUGACCCCCGUCACUCUUCAAGCGGCUGCUGGCUGGGUUUCAGUUUUAGGGAGCUCUGCGUGUAGCACUGAAUCAUGCCUCUCUGGCACCCCCCGCCCUGGUCUCUGCAGCAGUAGGGACCCUUUUGCAGGCAGUGACUUCCAGAUGUGGUGUUGCUUGCCUCUGCCUUGCUUGGGCUGGAUUCCUUCCCCGCUUUCCCUAGGGUCAGGCCCCAUCCCUGACUGGCCUCAAGGCAGCAUUUUCUCUCUGCUAUAGCAGGGCGAGGGAUGGGGCCCGUGCAGUUUGUUAGACCGCCAUCCGCUUCGUGAUGCCGUCUCAUAACCCCACGAGAGUCCAGGGAGAAAGCUCCAAACACGAGGCCCAAUUCCCCGCCGCAACAGGGGAGCGGGGAUACUAGAGCCAGCAUUUGGAGCCACAAAGCUCUCCAGUGUUUAGAUGCAGGACGCCAAACCCCUGAAGCCCAGCACGGCUGAGCUGGCAGCCACUGCGUGUGGAAGCCCCGGUUCCCUCAGCCUUACCGGUGUGAACAGCACAUCACCGCCACCUGAGCUACAGCUUGUCAGGUCUCCGUUCAGCAAGGUGCCUCUGCACGGAGCACGUGCUCAAAUCCCACUGGCACGGUGCAAGUGCUUUGCAGACUCGGGUGGGAUCAGUCUUGCUUGACUGGGGUCUUCCUGAGCGAUGUGGUAAUGAGCUUAUGCCUUCCCGAGGGCACAGCGUGACUCCUCUUGGUCGUGCACAAUAUUAUUUUGUUUAGCAGUGACUGUGAAGGGACUUCCAGAUAUUUUACAUGGGGAUCUCUGUUUUUAAGUGAACACCCUUUUUUAGCUGUGUAUGGCUGUAUUAAUUGUAUAUUUAUAUAUUCUGUAUUUAUGUUACCAAAAUGUAGUAUUUUGUAGCUGUCUGUUACAAUUUGUUUAACUUGUAAAAAAUAUGAAAAUGCUCUCUCAUACUUAACCAUCUGCCUGUCACAGUAGUUCCCUGCCUUCCCCUUCUCUGUUGGUAACGAGACACCAUAAUGUGUGUAGGUUGGAUUUUUUAUUUAAUUACUUGUCAUUGUUAAAUUAUUUAUUAGUGUUUUAAAAUUUCAUUCCACUGCAUCUUCCCUGCCACUGUCACCUGGCAGCUGAGGUACGUGAGAUUCCCAUGCAUUGUGCUCCUUUCCCACAAGAAAAAGAAGAGAGAGAGAGAGAGAUAACACUUCAGUAUAUUUGUAAAUAAAAGCAACCUGCAAACAAA